ACACUAAAAACCUAUCUAACUCAAUUGACGUGUAGAUGAUUCGCUGAAAAAACAGAGACAGAAUUGCGAAAAGUGUAUAUUGUGACAAAAUUUCUUAUCGAAAACGAAAACAGUGUAUUUCUAAUGUCCGGAGAAUGAUAUUGAAGAUCAUUAAGCUAUUAAAAUUCUUUCUGCUCUUCAUCGCAUCAGCGGAAACGAGGAAAACACAAAAAUGCUUAACCGGCUACAUGACGGACGUUCAAACCUGGGUGAACGAAGAUGGCGUUCUCACGAAAACAAUCGAUCAAAGCACCGCUAUAGAUCUUUCUUCGCACUUCGAUCCGGUCCCAUUCCUUCAUCAGAUCAUGAGUGAAUUCAAAACGGACAAUGGGCAACGCGUCCGAUAUUUAAGCCUGGCGAAAUGUCGACUCACCAGAGUGCCACCUGUAUUCCAUUUGUCAGACUCAAUGGGACGUUGGUUAUCGCAGACCGUUGAGUACAUGACUUUCUACGGAAAUAAAUUCGUCGACAGAAGCGUGGCCGGUGAACAGUACAACAUGAUUAUAAACGCUACCGGCGCUGUCGAAACUGAGCCGGUGUUCAGCUUACAGUACCAAGGUACGACAGUCUGGUCCACUUCAAUUGAAUACGUCAGCUUCCCGAGCCUAAAGGAGCUGGAUCUGCGAAGGUGUUCAAUCCAAGUGCUCAGAAGCAAUAUGUUCAGGGGUAUGCCUUCACUAGAAGCUUUAUAUAUAGGGGAGAAUGAGAUUUAUCAAGUCGAAUCCAACACUUUUGCUGGUCUAAAUAAGUUAUUACAUCUAGACUUUAGCAGGAACGAAGCAUUCGACAGUACGGGGUCUCCUAAAAAUCUAAUUACCCCGCAAACACCGCUAUUCGAUGGCCUAACAAGUUUGGUAUCUCUAGAUCUUUCGUUCACAAAGAUGUCCAAACGUAAUGUGGCAGUGCUAACAGGCUUAGGACCGAAUUUGAGAAGGCUGUCGAUAUGCGAUACAGGGCUGCAGGAUUUGAGGAGCGACAUUUUUUCUAAAACAAAUCUCACGUACUUGGAUCUUUCGAAGAACAACGGGAUCUUGAACACGCCUAACAUAUUGCGAGGGCUUGAAGAUACUUUAGUGGUAUUGUACGCUAAUACUAUAGGCACAGGUCGGGUCGAUAUGUUAAAGAAUUUCCACAGACUGGAGAUAUUGCAAUUACUGAACAACGAAAUAACGUCUCUACCACAAGAAGUCGCGGCAACUUGGAGGAGCCUCCAGAUUUUGGACUUGAACAAGAACAGGAUUAUAACGUGGUUCGAACCGAUAUUCUCGCUGAUACCUAACCUCAAAUUCUUGGCACUCAAACACAACAACAUAAACGUGAUCCGCGAAGACAUGAUCGUGGAUUUCAGGAACAUAUCGUAUCUGGCCCUGGCCGGAAACUUCUUCAUGUGCAACUGCAACUCCAGAGAUUUCCUCGAGACGGCGGCUAGGAACGAGAGAAACCGACAAAACGGAUAUAUAAAGUCUGUUUACGAAUCGAAAAACCUGUUUCUGUACCAUAGAGGGUUCGAAGAUUUCAAUACGCUUAUAGCGCAAAGGAAGCCCGUAGUUUUCGAAAACUCCAUCAGCGAAUGGGACAACGAGGAAGAGAGUGUAUACCUAUUGACCGAUUUCUAUGGUCGAAACUAUAUUUGUGCGUCGUUUGCUUCGGACGAAGGCGAGGCCAUCUUCAUGGGGGACGUGCCCACCUGCUACGCUCGUCGAGAUAUGCAGUACGACGAAAAGAUGAUUAAAAAUCAGUACAAAUUGAUUGCUUUAAUUCUGUUACCGUGCGUUUUAUUACCGCUGCUGAUGCUGUUCGUAUUCAGAAGGACGAUUUUUUAUUUUCUAAUAAUGAUGCGGAAUUCUGCUGCCCUCACCAUGAUCAAUAAGGAUAAGACCGGUGUCGAUGGUACAAUAUUCAACUACGAUGUAUUCGUGUCGUACUGCAACGAGGACAGGGUGUGGGUGCUCGACCAUCUCCUGCCGCAGUUGGAGUCCAAUUGCAACAUCAGCGUCUGCCUCCAUGAGAGAGAUUUUCAGAUCGGACUCUCCAUCCUGGAGAAUAUCGUCGCCUGCAUGGACCGUUCCAGGGCGAUCAUGCUGAUCAUAUCAAAACGUUUCCUCAUGAGUCAGUGGUGCCAGUUCGAAAUGCAUUUAGCCCAGCACAGGCUGUUAGAGACGCGUCGGAACGAUUUGAUACUUGUUCUGUUAGAAGAAAUACCGCGGCGCAUCCGCCCAACGACCCUCCACUAUCUGAUGCUGACGAAGACUUACAUAAUCUGGCCGAAAGUCGCGCACGAAAGAAACAUUUUCUGGAGGAGGCUACGAAAAGGCCUGGUGACGCAGAAACUGAAGCACACGGAAAACGUAUCUUUAGCUUGAAUUUCGUUUAAAUAAUAGGACCACAAGGUGAAUACGACUCGUGGUGUAAAAUCGUGUAUAGUUUUGAUCAUAAUCCCUGAGCAGAAUUAGAUGACACUCUUGUUUCCUGCAAUUUAAAUCAACAUGUUUUCGACACGGUGACCAUUUGUAUUUAUAAGACACAAUAAUUUGAAACGCCAAGACCUAAAUCGCGACCAAUAUCAUCUGGCCUGGCAGAUAUAUAUUUUUAGUAUCCGCGUACCAAACCCUCAACAAUCGAAUGUCACCACCUUCGAUCAAUAAUACUACUAGAUUCGCGAUUAGCGCUUCAAAAGCGGCCCGAAAAAUAAGACCACAAAUAAAUUUGUGGUCUUAUUUCAAAUUAGUAUGGUCCAAUCAUAGCCAACACUAAGACGUCAAAACGCUGCAAUGCGCGUUCAAAAACUGAGUAAAAAACCACCGUAACACCAAGGUUUUGGAAGGAAUAUCUUUUUUUGGUAAAUUUAUAUUAUUAAGUGUUUUUCAUAAAAUAAUAAACACAAUUAUAUUGUAAAUAAAACACAAUUUACGAAUAUUGUAAUUGUUUGGCCAAUGUUUGCAACAAGGCACCAACUAUUGUAACAAACAUCACCAAUUCUUGAACAGGGAAUGCAUAGAGUAGUUUUGUUAUUUUAUAAUGUUAUUUUUGUUUGUAAAUUUCCUAGUAGCCCCUUGUCGCUGUGCACAAUGGAUAUAUAUUGUCGCGAAAGAAAGAGGAGAAGAAAUAUAGAACCCUUAUAAAAAUUCUAGAAUUGUUCAAUGGUGGUGGCAAAUCAAUGCAAAAAAGUAUUAAAAAAACUUUAUAUGUAUGUGUAAAUAUUUUAAGCGUAUAUGCUGAAAAGGAUUUGUUUUCUGGGGGAAACGAACACAGCCAUAAAAUAAGCCUAAAUUAAACUGAUUAUAGAAAAAUUCAUUGAUAUAAGAGUACAUUAUAUUUGUAAAAAAGAAACCGCUCAUAUAAAAAUGACUUCUAAAAGACAGCUUUAUAACAAACUGAAUCUGUUUAAAGGUAAUUAAACCUACAUUAUUGUUUUAAUUACUUCUGUAUAAAGAAUACGUGGAAAACAUGUUUCGUGUUUCCUUUCAUAUUUUUUUUACUUUAUUCAAUUUUAUUUUUUAUCACCUAUUUGUUGUAAUAGCGGCAAUGUAAAAUAUUAUCUACUACUUUUUUGAAUCGGUCAAAAAUAGUUGCGACCAUACAAAACAAACCUAAAACCAAUAUGUAUAUUCUGCAACUCUAUGUCUUUCAAUACUUACUGUGUUCUGAGCAUUGAAAUGUAAUACCAAGAACUACAUCUAGUUCCACAAUACAAUAAGCACGCAAUUUUAAACAAAUAUUUUUAACCUUAUAAAUUAGGCUUUAAGUAUCAUUUUAGAAUAAAUAUUUUUGUACUGAUGUCUUUUUAUGUUCAAGUGACAUUUUAAAUUUAUUCCAUAAUAUUCUUUUUCUGACGAAAGGACCUAAAUACAUAUAUUUUGCAAUGGUAAUUAAACUUUAUGUUUAAGUCUUAAGGUUUAUAAUAAACUGAAGUCGUUAACAUUAUUAAACUUUUUUCUAAGAAAUGAAGAUGUUUUCGUGUCUGCAAACGUGGCCACUGAAGCGUCUUAUUUUUGUUCCUGAUCUUUAAUCUAGUACUAUUAUUGAUCGAAGGUCACCACGAAAAAAUGAUUUCGCGUAAAGAAAAUCAAAUUUCUAGGGCUUACGGCGCUCUCCGGCAUUAUAUCACCCAUCUCAUUUUCCGUCUCAUGAUGUCCACGGGCUACUGUUACCACAUCGCUCUAGUUAUCUCGCAGCUUUUUUUCCGUCUGAUCGGCGAAAUCGAGCUUACAAUCAAAUAUUUUGUAUUAGAUUUUUCCAAUAUCCUCUAUCGUAGUGUUCGACAUGUCUUUUGUAGCAAGCCGGUGCCUAUCCGAAAACAGAAGAUAUUCGACAAAUGCCUGAAUCGCACCAACAACAUUUUCAACAUAAAUUUGCGAAUCGCAACGAUAUCUCAACUCGAUCGAUUCUCGAUCUUCCCUGUGUCGUUUCUCACUACAUGAAAAGUUAAUUAAGAGAAGAUUUGUAAAUAAAACUAGAUAAGUUCUGUUAUUUUUUUUGUGUUGGAAUAAAAUUUCUCAAUGGAA